AUGGGAUUUAAAAAAUAUUUAGAAUUAAUUUCACAUCUCGUUGUUGUUGAACAACAUAAUGACUUACUGAUGAAAACUCAUGAAAGUCGACCUACUGAUUCUAUGCCAUUUCCUGAAGUAAAUACGGCAAAUUGUCGCCAAUCUAAGCGUGGAAAAGGUCAUGGCCGUGGCCGUGGUCGAGGAAGAAAUUUCAAUCAUGGUGAUCGUCGAGCACUAAAUAAUAACAUUCACCACCAGCAGUGUAAAAAGAAUGAUGAAAAGCAUGAAGUGGUGCAGAAGAAAAAUUCAGACAACAAAUGUUAUCAAUGUGAUGGAAAAGGGCAUUGGUCACAUACUUGUCGUACGCCAAGGCACCUGGUUGAGCUGUAUCAAGCUUCCCUGAAGGAGGUGAAAAAUAACGCAGAAACCAACUUUAUCUGUGAAGAUAAUGUUGAACCCAUGCAUCUAGAUGUAGCGAAUUUCUUUGAGAAUCCUGAAGGAAAAAUAGAUCACCUGAUAGGUGAUGGGUCUAUAAUAAUGUAA